AUGGCGAUCAGUGGCAGCGGGCUUUGUCGCUGCUCACUGAGAUGUGGGAAGCAAAUGUGGAGCCCGACUCUCUUACAACGCUGGGAUCAGCGCGUGCGAGAAAGGCCGGCAGUGGCAGCGGGCUUUGGCGCUGCUCAGCGAGAUGCGGGAGGCGAAGCUGAAGCCCGUCGCCAUCUCAGCUACAACGCUGCGAUCAGCGCGUGCGAGAAGACCGAGCAGUGGCAGCGGGCUUUGGCGCUGCUCAGCGAGAUGUGGGAGGCGAAGCUGGAGCCCGACGUCAUCAGCUUCAACGCUGGGAUCAGCGCGUGCGAGAAGGCGCGUGCGGGAAGGGCGAGCAGUGGCAGCGGGCUUUGGCGCUGUUCAGCGAGAUGUGGCAGGCGAAGCUGGAGCCCGACGUCAUCAUCUUUACACUACCACUCUGGAAUUUGCGCGUGCGAUAACAGUGGGCGUGCCGUGCAGUUGCUGUUCUUGCUCAACGAGUUGGUGGGGCACGACGUAGAGCUCAGAGACACCAUCUCAUCUACAUUCUACAAUUUGUGA